AUGGCUGACGAGAAAGAUCCCCCGCCGGAUUCAAUCCAACCAGAAUCUCCCGCCGAAGAUCCAACGCAUCUCCCAUUAGAGAGGAGCGCAAUCGCUGAAAAAUCACUCCCUGGUUCUAGCAGAGCAACCGAGUCCGAGCCCGAGUCUGACCCCGAGUCCGAGUCCGGGUCCGAGUCUGACUCCGAGUCCGGGUCCGAGUCUGACAUUGAAGAGACGGUGGAGAUCUUCGCACAAGAGUACAAGAAGAAGAAACUCGAACAGCUCCAGAGGAAAGCUUUCUUCUCUGUUCUCUACACUUUCAAUAAAGCAUCAGACUCGAUAACAGCAACCAAGAGGAAUGAGAUCAUAGAGAAUCUGAGGAACGAGUUCAACAUUUCUCAAGAAACCCACUUCUCUUUUGCGUCUAACAUUCAGAAAACCCUCAUUGCCCAGCAACAAAGAGCGGCUAACUUGGAGCAAAAUCUUCUUGCCCAACAACAAAGGCUGAACAAGGAAAUGGAGAUGUUAACAGGGAAGCUAUUGACCAUGCACGAGAAGAAUCCAAAAACGGCAGCUUCAGUUCCGGUUUCUUCUGCUUCUACAUCUGGCUCAGGAUGGGGCAAUGUUAAUCCAGAGUCUCUUGUUGGUAAAUUCGUCAGUGUGAAUAUGCCUGAUACAGGUCAAUUCGAGGACUUCGAGAUCAAAGAGUAUGACGCAGAACAAGGACUGCAUCGCUUUGAGAACAUAGACCCGAAUGCAAUGGAGAUGGAUGAGAUGAUGAGUUGGAUGGAUGUCAGAGAGAUUCCGCCUGAAGAUAUUAAGUGGAAAGCUGGAGAGAAGCCGGACCUUCCUACUGAUUAA